AUGGAGGCCAUACCGCCUUCGUACGAGCAUGCCAUCAUGAAAGAUGCAUUGGCUAUCAUCGCUGAUUAUAUUCCUUCAGCGGAUCUAUGCGCAGCCUCGCUGGUGAGUCGGCGAUGGCAUGCAAUCUUCAACCCGCAUAUCUGGGGUGAUCCAGCGUCCCAUUUUGGUACCCAGAAUGAUGCUGUUUAUGGUAAACGCCCCUUAGUCAAGUCUAUCUUGACUCACACCCUCCAUCUGCCACCAGCACUCUCCGAGAUUUAUGGUGGCCCUCGCUCCGACUGGCUCAGAGAUCUCCUCGACUUCCUGCCACGUUUGCAGUCGUUGAGAGUGUCAACGCUGCCUUUUUUCGACCACAAUUCGACUAUGAACCUCAAGCUACCAUCUGACCCUACACGGACACAAGAUUAUCCGCCGUAUAAUCUUCGUCUUCUUUUAGCAGAUAGGGAGCCAAAUACAACUUCAAUCGGUCUUGCUACUGCUCUUUCUCGCUUUCCGGCAUUAGUCUACUUGGAUAUGUCAUACACCUCUCCUGUCAGAGACCAGCUCGUGUUCUCUGUGCUGAGUGCGCUUCCGGACUUGCAAGUAUUAAAAUUGAGAGCGAUUGGCCUUAGAGAUGUCGACGCCGAGUUUCUCGCUAAUGCAAUUGGGACUCGAGUUCGAGUACUAGAUAUACGUAACAACAUGCUCACAGAUACAGCUGUAAGAUCACUGCUACAGGCUUGUUUUAUGUCAGAAGAAGCAGCCCAAAACCAAGCAAAUGCACUAGACCGACAAAGAGGCCGGGCUUCCCAGGAUUUUACAUCUUCUUUACUUCGACACCCCGAAUUGGACAAAAGAUUCUUUGAAUCUCUCACGCAUCCUCUGACCGGUCGCUCUAUAUUCGAGAAUUUGGCUCAUUCUGGCAUUACUCACUUAUACAUUUCCGAUAAUCGUCUUACAAUCGAGGGCGUGGCCGCGCUGCUUGCGUCCAAGAGGCUGCAUCUUCUCGAUGCUGGAAGUGUGGAUACUGCCCGAAAACUGACACAAGAUCAAUCUCUCCUUUUGUCGCCCGGCACAAGAUAUGAUUUCAAUACGGUGCCGGGGGCAGAAAAGUUGGUCCCUAUACUUGGCGCAUAUGCCAAAUACCAAUUAACUCACAUUAGAAUAAACCACACUGUUGCCACUAAAGAUGCACCCGCCCAAAACGAGAACUCCAUAGUUGAACUACUUCCUGAACUACCAGCUGACGAAUUGGGCGUACACCAUUUCCAUGCCGAGCUAGGUACUUCCCAUAAACUAUACGAAUUACCAGCUGAAAACGACGUUUUAUAUGAAUUGGAAGACACAUCAGUGUCUUCUGUUCCUAACAACCAUACCGACAAAGGAGCCAAGCAUGACCAAUAUCUGGAUGAGCCUCUUCUUCCACGUCGAAACUCAGCUUUUGCGGCUGAAGUUGUAGACGAUGGUGAUACAGUUAACGAGAAGGAGCCAGAGCAGAAUGCUCACACAGCCUUCAACAAGGAAGCGGAAUCAACCUUACGCACCAAAAAGAUUCUGAACCUGCUCGCCAAGCGGCCCAGGACCGAGAUGCUGCCACUACGCCAUGGACUUAGCCCAACUAUUCCAUAUCUACACCCGUCUCAUAUACCUCACGUAAAGACGUUAAUACUGACUGAUGUUCCUUCACACGUUCGAGCUAACUCGCCGAUACUUUCCUCACUUAUUCGCUUCAUUACAGCAUGUUCGGACGAAACACUAUUGGCAAAGCUUAAAGCGAGGGCAGACUACUCAUUCCCUCCCGGGCGUGACCGCCUAAAAGCAGAACAGGAACAUGCAAAAUCAUUAUUUGCUCUGGAGUGUCUCGUCUUAGAAAUAACCCCGGUGACGAGAACAACAACACCCAAGGCGUUGGGCACCUGGAAACCACAGGGAUAUGAUGAUUAUACAAGCUGGAAAUCGACUACGGGAGACUUUGAUUCCGAGCGUCUUUGGUCAUCUGCCAUGGAUGAUUUCAGCUUUUUUGGUAACGAAGAAUGCGGCGUGCCAGAACCGCACGAGGAAAUAGCAAUGAAUAUUUUGAAUAAGCAAAUUCACCAAAUACCUUCCGAGGAUGCCAUUGACUCGAUACAUUUUACACAUUCAGUACUCUCCGAACUGGAGGGAUCAACCGCUGCUGCUUCUUCUACUACUCGUGACAACAACGGUCUCCGCAAACGAUUCCAACUAGCAUCUGGCCAGCCUGACUUUAAAAAGGGUCGUUCUCCAGACGCCAUCGAGGAGCCUGAUGUCGAUUUGGUGUCUGCUUUGGCGACAUUUCGGCGGACCAAGAAGAAAGAGUUUGAAGAGCUUCAAAGGGUUAAUAGACAACAAGUCUCUCCAACCUCACAUGGCUCAGACUCGAAAUCCGAUUCCCCCUCAUCAUCUUCUUCUCCACCGCUUAAUUCCCAAACUGCUCAUUAUACCCCUCUCCCCUUACACGUAGAAGGACAUUGGUCCGGUGAAGUAAAAGUGAUACGAAACUUCUGUCCCAAAGGGCGCAGCGGGGUGGUUGAUAUAUAUGGCAAUUACUUCGAGAAAGGUUACCUGUACCCAUGA